AGCCCAGAGAGGUGAAGCCAGAGCCCAGAAACUUGGAGACCGCCGCGAUGAGCCGAAUCUCUUUCCAGCUACACUCCCUGGAGCCCCUACAACGAAUUCGCAAAUGGGCACCAACCAUUAGGAGUUGAUAUUCAGGAUAUCUAGCGUCUGGCCUAUGGAAUCUGUCGGCACAGAACCACUUGUCCAAAAAAUGGAGUCAGGUCUGCCGAAUUGCCCUUGUCUAUUCCGUAAUUCGGUACUCCUGAACUCCAGACCUAGAGUCACGGGUAAUGCACCGCCGUCCACGGAUGAUUGGGCCUAGCCCAGAUUCCAUGUUGGUGCCUUGUCGAUUCAGGAGUCGGUUUACCUCUCUUCUCCACCGCAACGGCCGUACCGGUAUCGGAUAAUAAUUCGGAUUUCUCCAGCUCUGACUCAACCCUCGACGACCGCGAAGUUCACUAAUGACGGCACCGGUCGAAUUUUGAAGAGGAAGUUGAAAGGGAAAUCACUUCAAUGUAUUUACGCGCUAUCCAUGCCGAAUCCGAUGUUGAGGCUCUGCGCCAAUUCAUCCAAGAUAAUCCCCUCGGAAUCCUUGUCACGGCGCUACCGUCUUCGAAUUUUCCGACGAUACAAUGCAGCCAUAUCCCGUGGAUAUUAGACAUCGAUGGUACGAGUGACGUAGAGGAAGAGCGGGGACUUGGGAAACUACGAGGACACAUGGCGAGAGCGAAUCCCCAUUCAAAGGCCCUUGCUGAAGCAGCACGUUCGACAUCCUCAAAUGGCGCAGUGGAGCAAGAGGUUUCCGUCCUCUUCACCAGCAAAGUGGAUUCAUAUGUCACGCCGAAGUUCUACGUGAAGACGAAGCCAGCCACCGGAAAGGUCGUCCCUACUUGGAAUUACGCAGCCGUUCAACUCUACGGCCGCGCCACCAUCUACUUUGACCACCAGGAUCCAGUUACUCAAAUCUAUCUCCAGUCGCAGAUAACGGAUCUGAGCAAAUACUGCGAGGAGCAUCUAAUGGGCCAUAGCGGCGGAGAGUGUCCAUCUGCAUGGGAAGUCAGUGAUGCUCCUGCAGCGUAUAUCGAUCAGAGGAAGAAGGCCAUCAUCGGGAUUGAGAUCGAUAUCGAUCGGCUGGAGGGGAAGUGUAAAAUGAGUCAGGAAAUAGGCGACGAAGAUCGUGAAGGCGUUAUAGAAGGGUUCAAAUCCCUUCAAACCGAUAAUGGGAACGAGUUGGCAAGUUUGGUCCAAGCGCGAGGGGCGAAGAAGAACAAACACUCGAGUUCUGGUGUGUCCUAGCAUUGGAUCA